AACGUACAUAUCAAGGGCUGUGCAACCAUGAUUAAAGGUCUAACAAUGCAUAUUUUGUUUAAAUAAAUAUUUCGAACUCCAACACGACGUGUCAAUUUAUGAAAUACUUUAGGUAUAUGGUGGGUCUAUCCUUGGGACAGUAUAAUGGACAUUGUUUUGUACAAGUGUCCGUGUUAGCGCUUCCGUAGCACUAGAGUCCUAUAAAGGCAGCAACUGUCACCCCCUUCUUGAACGUUGAUCAGUAGGUCUGUAGAGCUUACGUGCAAGUCCCUGACUGAUUAGCAAGCUUUCUAACACGAUGGCAAGUGUUGAAACAUCGUCCAGCAGGCCCUACCAUAUCAUUAUUUUCGGAGCUUCUGGUUUUACUGGUCAGUAUGUGGUCGAGGAGGUGGCACGAACGGUCUCGGAGGGUCCGAGUGGGACCCUGAGAUGGGCUGUCGCCGGCAGAAGCAAGGCGAAACUGGAGAAAGUUCUGGAGCAGGCGGCCGGCGCACUGAGUAAACCAGAGCUGAGGACAGUAGACAUCAUUGUGUCAGAUGUAAAAGAACCAGACUCAUUGGCAGCAAUGUGCAAACAGGCUGUGAUUGUCCUCAACUGUGUGGGGCCUUACAGGUUCUAUGGUGAACCGGUAGUCAAGGCCUGUGUAGAGAAUGGAGCCCAUUGCCUUGACAUCUCUGGGGAGCCUCAGUUUCUAGAGGGCAUGCAACUGAACUACCACAGCGAGGCAGCUAAGAAGGGAGUGUACAUCGUAGGAAGCUGUGGCUUUGACUCCAUCCCUGCUGACAUGGGAGUCCUCUAUACCAGGGACCAGUUCAGGGGUACACUGACAGCAGUUGAAAGCUUCCUCACGGCCAGUGCAGGACCAGAGGGCGCCAGCAUCCACGACGGUACAUGGCAGUCGGCCAUCUAUGGUGUUGCUGACGGCGCCAGUCUCCGCAGCCUCAGGAGGAAGUUCAAAUACCAGCCACUUCCUGUAGUUGGAGCUAAGAUUAAACGACGGAGCGCCCUGUUCUACAGCAAUGAAGUGCAGCAGUAUGCGGUGCCCUUCAUGGGCACAGACCCGUCUGUAGUGAAGAGAACGCAGCGCUUUCUGGCCGAGGAGCAACAAGAGUCGCCCGUCCAGUAUGGUGCAUAUGCAGGAGUAGGAGGAGUGGGUAACAUCAUCAAGAUGCUGGUUGCUGGCAUGAUGUUCAUGUUACUGAUCAAGUUCAACUUUGGACGCAACCUACUCAUCAAGUACCCAGAAUUCUUCUCCUUUGGUUUCUUCACAAAGGCCGGACCAACCAAAAGUCAGAUGAAGGACUCAUCCUUCCAGUUUGCCUUCUACGGAGAAGGUUACACCGAGGGAAAAGACCCUUCCCAGGGAAAACCUGAUGGCAAGAUUCGUACUCUGGUCCAGGGGCCCGAGGCUGGGUAUGUAGCUACCCCCAUCGCCAUGGUACAGGCGGCGCUCACCAUCCUCAAUGAACCCAAUGCUCUGCCCAGGACGGGAGGAGUCUACACUCCCGGAGCAGCUUUCGGCAAGACUACGCUGAUCGACCGCCUCCACAAACAUGGCAUCCAGUUCUCCGUGAAAUAGAGGUUGACUCCUAAACGAUGUUGUCCUUCUUCAACAGUUGAUAAACAUGAAUUUUCUCUUGAUGGAUCCCAUAUGAAUCCAAACUGACGUUUAGAAUAGUGUAGACCCAAAUGAGUACAUGAACGAGAAGAUGGAUUUAGCUUGAGUCCAGGCUCCGGAGACAUCCGUUUCUUCCCCUUCUGAUAUCAUUUGAUUACCGUAGAUUACCGAGUCUCAUUUGGUUGAACAUGCCAUUGACCUUCUGCCAAAUGGACCGCAUGCCCAUUGCAUCAUAUGUUUACCGGAGAAAAACUUGCAUGAAGGUUUAGUUGAAGUCUAAAAAACGAAUGUAAAAAAUAUUUGGAACUCAACUAAUUCCUCUCAUCAUAUCGCCACACUGUUCUAUAUAAUUAAGUAAAUUGUGUGUGUUUGUGUGUGAGACUUUGCCUCUAAACCAUACCAAAAGAAGUCCCUUAGGUGACCCUUGUCAGCUUGCAUAAAUGUUUACAAAGAAAUAACAUGCAGGAUUGAAUUUUUUUAUUUUGUGUUCUGGAAGUGGAACACCCUUCUGACUAUAACACUAUAAAAGUGUACACUGGAGGGCAGUGCUGAGGCUUAAUCAUCGGGUGCAUAUGUGUUUGCCCUCUGUUUAUUAUAUAUGGUUCAAUUGGAAAGGCAGAUUGAGGGAUAUGGAAAUGUGCCCCUCUCAUCAGUGCUUAUACAUGCCUGGCUACAUGCCUGGCUAAAGGCCUGCUUUCAAUAAUAAACUACAUUUUUUGCAAAACAGUUAUCACAGGAUAUGUUUUAACAUGCUCAUUCCUUGAAAGAAACCGCAUUGAAAUGCAUUGACCUGGUGUUUAAAACCUGUAUGCGUAUAAAAAAAUGGAUAUAUUAAACACAAGUGUCGACAAA